UUUUUUAGCUUUGUUGUUUUAGAACAUCUCAGACGAGAGGCUGCUGUGGCUUCCUCCAGACUAACCUACAAAAUGAUGGAUACCCUUAACAAUGGGUAAGCACAUGCAUAUUUUCUCAUCACAAAGGGAUUACUUUCUACAGUUGUGUUGCUAUUUCAGUGUGGGUACAAUCAAACACAAAAUUUGGUUUCAUCAACUGAGUAGAUGAAGUAAAUUGUCCUUUGUGAGAAGAUUCAAAAGCUGCCAUUUUGAUUCAAGGUAUUUUAAGUUCUAUGUAGGUUUGGUAUUGUGUUUUGGAGUUAUGCUAUGUAUAAGAACAUGUCAACGUGAAAAAAAAGUAUGCAUUUUAAUAAUUUAAAUAUAAAUAAAGCAUUGAUUUCGUGGAGAGUCAUAGUUCCAAUUUAUACCAUUCCAACCAAACCAUGUCAAUCUGCAGUCUCUUCUGGCACCAAAUCACCAGAAAGCCACAAUGUUCAAUCUAAAACAAAAAUUUAACUCUCAAAUCAGCCCAAAAUUCAGUAUCUAGGUAGUCUUCUAUUUCCAGCUUUCAAAUGUAGUUUUUGUCUCUUAGUAGAAUAAUGCAAAUAAAUAUUAUAAAAUAUUAUAAAAAUGGUUACUUCUUUUUAAAUCUGAAAGUAAAAGAGAUUAUUUGCAAAAGAUAGAGACUAUUGAGCUUGAAAACUGACAUCCAUAUGUUUAUAUUUCUAUAGUGUAGAGCAAGCCUAUGUUAAUCAAAGGAAGUUGGAGACAGAAGCCAAACAGUUACAAGCUCACGCAGGUGAAAUUAAUGCAGUACCACUUGAAUAUUGUAGAUGUCAAUACAGUCAACUCUCUCAUAGCGACCACCUCCCGUAAACAACCACUUUAAAAAGAACGGUUUCUUGCUCAUGCAAAUACUGUUUUAAAAACUCUCUCAUAAGCGACCAAAGUAAACUUCAAUUUUCAAUUUCUUAAAUUUCAAAAACAACAGCAACCACUAUUUCAACCAGAAAUAUAAGCACCUGCUUGAUUUUGCUUGGCUAAACAGGUUCUUGUAUUUUUGAGUAUAAAGUUGCAAAUUUCUGGCAGGAUGUUCUCAAUCCACAGAUUGUUAUUAGUGGGUGUUUACUGUAUUCGAUGUGAAACAUUAUUGCCAGUUGCUGUUUGCCUGAGUCUUAGCUUGUUAGGUAAUAACUUUAAUAUGUAUUAACGUUAAUCAGUUCAGUUUGAGCUUAUUUUCCUGAUUUUUCCAACAGACCACCACCUCCUGUAAGCGACCACUUUGUCGUGCACCAAGGGUGGUCGCUUAUGAGACGGUUGACUGUCUGAAGGGUUUAACCUAGAUUCAUAUGACAUAGAUGUCUUCACAUGUUUCAAAGCUUUUGGUGGCUUUUCCCAUCCAUCACCCAUCAUUAAUUUAGAGGCAGCUGUCAAACUUGCUCUCAGGGUCAGGAUAGAAGGAGAGGAGCAUGGGAACGAGGUUGAGGCAGCUGUUUUUCACAGGCUACUAAAAUUCAGAUAGAAAGAGAUUCAAAUUCCCAGGAGAUUAACAAUCUAGAUUAUUUCUCUUCAUGACUUUAUGAUAAAUGCAAACUCUGACAAAUGUAUAAUGUUUUGUUUUACCUUUUUGACUUUAUUUUGCUAUUUUUUAUGUUCUCCUUAGUACGAUUCUCUAAACAGACAGUGCAGUGGCUUCAGAUGUUAGAAGCCUUCAACAAAGCUUUAAAGGUAGGAAUAGUUUUAAAUCAUUUUUGCCAUAAGUCAAAAGUACAGGUACCAAUAAUUACUUAAGCAAUACAUCACAUUUCAGGAACUGGGCGAUGUUGAGAACUGGUCAAGAGUAAUAGAGGCAGAUAUGACAGCCAUAGCUAGUGCCUUGGAAUAUGCUUAUAAAGGUAUAAUGAACUGCAGUGUAUUAUAA